GGCUGGGCUGGGGGCAGGACCAGGAAGUCAGGAAAGAUGGGACCGAGACUUGGCCACAGCCCCAAGUGGGCUGCGUCCGGAACAGGGGAUCAAAAUAGAAUCUGUCUGAGCCUACUGAGGCCCAAGGGCGAGGCUGGUCACUCGGCCUGAGGGAGAAGACAGGGCAACUGGCUCGGACCUCAGGCACAUGCAGAUGACCCGGAGUGUGGACAGCGUCCAGUUCCUGCCCUUUCUCACCACGGAUGUCAACAACCUGGGCUGGCUGAGUUACGGGACCUUGAAGGGAGAUGGGACGCUCAUGUUCGUGAACGCCGUGGGUGCCGUGCUGCAGACCCUGUACAUCUUGGUGUACCUGCACUACUGCCCUCAGAAGCGCACCGUGCUCCUCCCCACAGCAUCUCUGCUGGGGUUCCUUGUCCUGGGCUAUGCCUAUUUCUGGCUCCUGGUGCCUGACCCUGAGGCCCGGCUUCAGCAGCUGGGCCUCUUCUGCAGCGUCUUCACCAUCAGCAUGUACGUCUCACCGCUGGCUGACCUGGCCAAGGUCAUUCAGACUAAAUCAACAAGACGACUCUCCUUCUCACUCACAAUUGCCACCCUCCUUACCUCUGCCUCCUGGUCCUUCUAUGGGUUUCGACUCCGAGAUCCCUACAUCAUGCUCUUACGAUUUCAGGUGCCCAACCUUCCAGGAAUCCUCACCAGCUUUAUCCGCUUCUGGCUUUUCUGGAAGUACCCACAGGAGCAAGACAGGAACUAUCGGCUCCUGCAGACCUGAAGCAGCUCACCUCACCCCUUAUCGCCAGCCGGAUACCAAAGAGAGCCCCUGGGUGCAGCCGGCCCUCUGACCCGCUCCGUGGGUGCAGCGGGUUGUGGGGCGACGGCUGCUUUGCAGUCAGAGGGCUCAACGAAAGAGCUUUACUGAGACGCUCAGGUGGGACCCGGGAGAUGAAUCACGUUUAUUUUUUAAGAGAAAUUAUCUUUUUUUAAUUUUGAGGUUGGGGUGAUUUUUUUAGAAUGUGCCUUAAAAUAAAUUGUUCUCCACCC